UCUUUAUAUACCCCACUCUUGCCCACCGCACACCAUUUAAGUUUAACCAACAGACUCCAGUGAACUACAGUGCUACUCUACUCCUCAAGUGCUAUAGAGCGAACUGGACUGAAGAACCAUUUUUCAAAAAGCGACAUUCUUCUCUGAGCAUAUCUAUUAAGAGGCAGCGACUACAUUUGUCAAGCCACUGCCAAUUAAAAACCAGCGACAGGCUGCGUUGCAGUAACAAGGACUGUAAAUCGGAUCAAUUCAUCAUUGUCCUGACAAGAAGAGGCUUCUUCACAAGGACAUCCGAAAAGCCUCCGGGACACUUUUUUUAAAACUCUCUUCUCCAAGUUUUGAACUUUUACCACAGCAAGUGCGCUCGAGCUUGACAUCGACACGCUAAACUUUUUUUGCAGAUAACUUCACACAUCGGUCUGACUUGCUGUAUAAAAAGGGACACACGGAAAACCGCCAACAUGACGAGCAAUAACACACAUUACUACGACGACAGCCAGCCACCACAGCACUACCAGGGCACUGACAACUUCGAGGGGGACGAGGAAGACGAGAUGCCGGCUACCGAGAAAGAUCUGGCUGAGGAUGCCCCAUGGAAGAAAAUCCAGCAGAACACCUUUACAAGGUGGUGCAACGAGCACCUCAAGUGCGUCAAUAAGACCGUGACAGACCUCCAGAAGGAUUUUGGCGACGGGUUAAAGCUCAUUGGGCUCCUGGAAGUUCUGAGCCAGAAAAAGAUGUACAAAAAACACCACAUCAGACCCAAUUUCCGACAGAUGAAACUGGAAAAUGUGUCCGUCGCUCUGGAGUUUUUGGACAGGGAACACAUCAAGUUGGUGUCUAUUGACUCCAAGGCCAUCGUGGACGGUAAUCUGAAACUGAUCCUAGGUCUGAUCUGGACUCUGAUCCUGCACUACUCCAUCUCCAUGCCCAUGUGGGAGGAUGAGGAUGAUGAGGAGGCUAAGAAACUGACCCCCAAGCAGAGGCUGCUGGGAUGGAUCCAGAACAAGGUGCCUGAGCUACCCAUCAACAACUUCCACCGCGACUGGAGGGAUGGCAAGGCCCUGGGAGCCCUGGUAGACAACUGUGCCCCUGGUCUGUGUCCCGACUGGAAGGCCUGGGACCCUAACCACCCUGUGGAGAAUGCCAGAGAGGCCAUGCAGCAGGCUGACGACUGGCUGGGCGUGCCCCAGGUGAUCGCCCCUGAGGAGAUUGUAGAUCCGGAUGUGGAUGAACACUCAGUGAUGACCUACCUGUCCCAGUUCCCCAAGGCUAAGCUGAAGCCUGGCGCCCCCCUCAAACCUAAAGGCGUUCAGCUGUACCCCAACAAGGCCAAGGCAUACGGACCUGGUAUUGAUUCCCAUGGAAACAUGGUUCUGAAGCCAGCCGUGUUCACAGUGGAGACUCUGCAGGCAGGUCAGGCUGAGGUGCUGGUCUAUGUGACCGAUCCUGAGGGACACACUGAGGAGGCUACGGUGGUCUUUAACAAUGACAAAAACAGGACCUACACUGUCACUUACGUACCCAAGGUUGAGGGUGUCCACAAGGUAAAAGUGCUGUUUGCAGGGCAAGACAUUGACAAGAGUCCCUACACAGUGAACGUUGCCAAGGCCAUGGGUGAUCCCAACAAGGUCCAGGCCAGAGGACCAGGGCUGGAACCUACCGGCAACGUGGCCAACAAACCCACCUAUUUCGACAUCUACACUGCAGGUGCUGGUAAUGGUGAUGUGAGCGUUGUCAUCGUGGACCCUGAGGGGAAGAAAGACACAGUGGAACUGAUCUUGGAAAACAAGGGGGACAGUGUUUUCCGUUGCACCUACCGGCCCAUGUUGGAGGGCCCCCACACCAUCCACAUCCUGUUCGCGGGUCAGGAGAUCCCCAAGAGCCCCUUCAAAGUUCAAAUCGCAGAGGCUCCUCCCUCUAUGGUGGGUCCUCCUCCAGUUCAGAUUAUCCCCCAGUCUUCCUUCACCUCUCCCGGGGGGGAGAAGGGGCCAGCGGGCAAGAAAGGGGGUGUCCCUACCCCCACAGGCAAAAAGGGUCGACCAACCAUCAAUGCCAACGCGUGUCGUGCUACGGGCCGAGGCCUCCAGCCUAAGGGGGUGAGGGUGAAGGAGGUGGCAGACUUCAAGGUUUUCACCAAGGGAGCCGGCAGCGGAGAGCUCAAGGUCUCAGUGACUGGACCAAGUGGAGCAGAGGCACCAGUGAAAGUUAAGGAUAUUGGUGAUGGUGUCUAUGAGUGUGAAUAUCUCCCUGUCCAGACUGGUAAAUACACAGUUAACAUCACCUGGGGAGGACAACUCAUCCCACGCAGUCCCUUCGAAGUGGAGGUGAGUGAGGAGGUUGGCCCUCAGAAGGUGAGAGCUUGGGGCCCCGGCCUGUUGACCGGCCAGGUGGGCAAGUCAGCUGACUUCGUGGUCGAGGCCAUCGGCACCGAAGUAGGAACUCUGGGUUUCUCCAUCGAGGGUCCGUCCCAGGCUAAGAUAGAAUGUGACGAUAAGGGUGACGGCUCCUGCGAUGUCCGCUAUUGGCCCACUGAGCCAGGUGACUACGCCGUCCAUGUUGUCUGUGAUGACGAAGACAUCAAGGACAGCCCCUUCAUGGCCCACAUCCUGCCUGCAGCCAAUGACUGCUUCCCUGAGAAGGUGAAAGCUUUCGGUCCAGGUCUGGCGCCCACUGGGGUCAUUGUAAACAAACCGGCAGAGUUCACCAUCGAUGCCCGCGAGGCUGGCAACGGCCACCUCAAGAUCUACGCCCAGGAUACAGAGGGCGUCACCAUCGACAUUAAGAUCACUGACAAGGGAGACGGCACCUUCCUGUGUGUGUACGUCCCCACCAAGCCCAUCAAACACACCAUCAUCAUCACCUGGGGAGACGUCAACGUGCCCAACAGCCCCUUCAGGGUGAUUGUCGGAGAGGGCUGCCACCCCGCCAAGGUCAAGGUGUAUGGUCCAGGAGUGGAGAAGACAGGACUCAAGGCCAACGAGCCCACCUACUUCACUGUGGACUGUGCCGAGGCUGGACAGGGAGACAUUAGCAUCGGGAUCAAGUGUGCUCCAGGAGUGGUGGGUCCAGCUGAGGCUGACAUCGACUUUGACAUCAUCAAGAACGACAAUGACACCUUCACUGUCAAGUACACUCCCCCUGGCGCAGGGAAAUACACCAUCAUGGUGCUGUUCGCUGAGCAGGAAAUCCCCAUCAGUCCAUUCAGAAUUAAGGUUGAUCCUUCCCAUGAUGCUGGCAAAGUGAGGGCUGAGGGCCCAGGACUCAACAAGACAGGCGUGGAGGUGGGCACUCCGACCCACUUCACCAUCUUUACCAAGGGAGCAGGCAAGGCCAAGCCUGAGGUCCAGUUCACAGCAGCAGGCCUGAAGGGGGAAGCUGUGAGGGACUUUGAGAUCAUCGACAACCAUGACUACUCUUACACCGUCAAGUACACCGCUGUUCAACAGGGUCAGAUGAUCAUCUCCGUCACCCAUGGAGGGGACCCCAUUCCCAAGAGCCCCUUCAAUAUUACUGUGGCUCCUCCUAUAGAUCUGGGAAAGGUCAAGGUUACAGGACUCGACACUAAAGUAGAAGUGGGCAAGGACCAGGAGUUUUCCAUCAACACCAAGGGAGCUGGUGGGCAGGGCGAGGUAGCCGUCAAGAUGACCUCACCCUCCGGCCGACCAAUCCCCUGCAAGCUGGAGUCAGACGCGGCCAAUGGCUCCCACUCUGUGAAGUAUAUCCCCCCAGAGGAGGGGCCUUACAAGGUGGACGUCAGCUACGAUGGGAACCCCGUCCCUGGAUCCCCCUUCGCAGUGGAGGGAGUGAUGCCUGCUGACCCCUCAAAGGUACGCGCUUAUGGCCCAGGCCUGAAGGGAGGCAUUGUGGGUAAACCAGCGCCAUUCGCCAUCGACACCAAAGGAGCGGGCGCCGGUGGGCUGGGCCUGACGGUGGAGGGGCCUUGCGAGGCUAAGAUUGAAUGCCAGGACAACGGAGACGGAACCUGCUCAGUUUCCUACUUGCCCACUGAGGCUGGAGAGUACGCCAUCAACAUCCUGUUUGGAGAGCAGCACAUCCCUGGGUCUCCCUUCAAGGCAGCUGUGAAGCCAUGUCUCGACCCCAGCAAGGUAACAGCCAGUGGGCCAGGCCUAGAGAAGGCCAAGGCAGGUGAACCAGCCUACUUCACAGUGGACUGCACCAGUGCUGGAGAGGCUGAACUCACCAUUGAGAUCGUCUCUGAGUCCGGGGCUCAGGCCGAGGUCCACAUCCAAAAGACUGCAGAUGGGACCUUCUCUGUCACCUACAUCCCACCCUUCCACGGCACACACACCAUUACCAUCAAGUACGGGGGUCAUGUUGUACCCAAGUUCCCCGCGGUCAUCCAGGUGGAGCCGGCUGUGGACACCAGCGGUGUGCAGGUCUAUGGACCAGGGGUGGAGCCCAGAGGAGUCCUCAAGGAGGUCACCACCCACUUCAUCGUGGACGCCCGUAAAACGACCAAGAUUGGCGGUGACCACGUGAAAGCACGCAUCAUUAACCCUUCAGGCGCCAACACAGACGCCUACAUCACAGACAAGGGAGACGGAACCUACAGAGUGGAGUAUACCGCCUUCGAGGACGGUAUGCACCUGAUUGAGGUGUUGUACGAUGACGUGGCGGUCCCUAAGAGUCCGUUCAGGGUGUCUGUGGUGGAGGGCUGUGACCCCACCCGGGUCAGGGCCUACGGGCCAGGCCUGGAGGGAGGACUUAUCAACAAACCCAACUGCUUCACCGUCGAGACCAGGGGUGCUGGUACCGGAGGCCUGGGCCUGACCAUCGAGGGAGCCUCUGAGGCUAAGAUGACCUGUAAAGACAACAAAGAUGGCAGCUGCAGCGUAGAAUACGUUCCCUUCACACCUGGAGAGUACGACGUCAACAUCAACUUCGGAGGACACCCCAUCCCAGGCAGUCCGUUCCGGGUGCCAGUGAAGGACGUGGUGGACCCUAGUAAGGUGAAGUGUUCAGGUCCAGGGCUGGGGGAUGGAGUCAGAGCCCACGUACCUCAGGCCUUUACUGUGGACGCUACCCAGGCUGGAAAGGCAAAAGUGGAAGUACAGCUAACAGGACCAUCAGGUUCUGCUGAGCCUGUUGCUGUGAAGAACAACGGUGAUGGCACACACACGGUCAACUACACCCCAGCUCAGGACGGCCCUUACACUGUGUCUGUCAAAUACGGAGAUCAGGAAGUCCCUCGCAGUCCAUUCAAGGUGAGGUCCCAGCCUGGUCAUGAUGCCAGUAAGGUGCGUGCCAGCGGGCCAGGUCUGGAUAAAUCAGGUGUGGCCGCCAGCCUACCCGUGGAGUUCACCAUCGAUGCCCGCGACGCAGGAGAGGGACUGCUCACUGUACAGAUACUGGAUCCUGAGGGCAAGCCAAAGAAGGCCACUAUCCAUGACAACAGAGAUGGGACGUACACAGUAUCCUACGUACCAGACUCCACCGGCCCCUACACCAUCACCAUCAAGUAUGGAGGAGAUGAGAUCCCCUACUCCCCCUACCGCAUCUCAGCUCUGCCCACUGGAGACGCCAGCAAGUGUCUGCUUACUGUGUCUAUCGGAGGCCGUGCCCUGGCUUCGGGUCUGACCAAGAUGCAGGCGCACGAAGAGACCAUCGUCUCCGUUGACGCAAAGGCUGCAGGGAAGGGCAAGGUGACCUGUUCGGUGACGACCCCAGCAGGGGUGGAGCUAGACAUGGACGUUCAGGAGAAUCGUGACGGAACCUACGACAUCUACUACACGGCUCCGGAACCCGGGAAAUACGUAAUCACCAUCCGGUUCGGAGGACAACACAUCCCCAAGAGCCCCUUCCAUGUAACGGCCACCAAGGAGCCUGUUGUCCCUAGCGAUGGCAUGGAUCAGUUCAGACCUCUUAACCUGGUCAUCCCGUUCACCGUUCAGCAGGGACCGAUCACGGGUGAGGUGCGUAUGCCCUCCGGUAAGACGGCUCGUCCCCACAUCACAGACAACAAGGAUGGGACCAUCACAGUCAAGUUCAACCCUACUGAGAAGGGUCUGCAUGAGAUGGACAUCAAGUAUGAAGGAAACCACAUCCCAGGAAGUCCCCUCCAGUUCUAUGUCGAUGCUAUAAACAGUGGUCUGGUGACAGCGUAUGGGCCUGGGUUGUGUCAUGGCACCGUCAACAAACCCGCCACCUUUACUGUCGUCACCAAGAACGCUGGAGAAGGUGGUCUGUCCCUGGCUGUGGAAGGUCCCUCUAAGGCAGAGAUCAGCUGUAAAGACAAUAAGGACGGUACCUGUACUGUGUCCUACCUGCCCACCUCACCAGGAGACUACAACAUCAUCGUCAAGUUUGACAACAAGCACAUCCCUGGCAGUCCCUUCACUGCUAAGAUCACUGGUGAUGACUCUAUCAGGACGUCCCUGCUCAACGUGGGAACAGCAGCAGAUCUAUCCCUGAAGAUCACAGAGUCUGACCUGAGCCUGCUGACAGCUAGCAUCAGAGCUCCAUCAGGAAACGAGGAGCCCUGUCUGCUCAAGAGAUUGCCCAACAGACACAUUGGUAUCUCCUUUACCCCUAAAGAGGUGGGAGAGCACGAGGUGAGCGUGAAGAAGGCCGGUAAGCACGUGACCAACAGCCCCUUCAAGAUCCAGGUCGGCCAGUCGGAGAUUGGCGAGGCCAGCCGGGUCAAGGCCUUCGGUAAAGGACUGGUGGAGGCACACACCUUUGAAAUGGCGGAGUUCUUUGUGGACACUAGGAAUGCAGGUUAUGGUGGUCUGGGAUUGUCUAUCGAGGGUCCGAGUAAAGUGGAUAUAAACUGUGAGGAUGUGGAGGAUGGGACUUGCAGAGUCAGUUACUGCCCCACAGAGCCAGGCAACUACAUUAUCAACAUCAAGUUUUCUGAUAAGCACAUCCCUGGAAGUCCUUUCACAGUGAAGGUAACAGGAGAAGGAAGGAUGAAGGAGAGCAUCACCAGGAAGAGAACAGCCCCCUCCAUCGCCUCUGUCGGCAGCGCCUGUGGCCUCAACCUGAAAAUCCCUGGAAACUGGUUCCAGAUGGUGUCAGCCCAGGAGAGGAUGACUCGCACAUUCACACGCAGCAGCCACACGUACACGCGCACAGAGCGCACGGAGAUCAGCAAGAUGAGGGGCGGAGAGACGAAGAGGGAGGUGAGGGUAGAGGAGAGCACCCAGAUGGGAGGAGCAGGAGGAGGCAGUCCCUUCAGAGAUGUGUUUGGAGACUUCCUGGGCAGAGAGAGUCUGGCUAGCUUCGCUGGUAUACCCGCUACAGCCACACCAACACCUGGUGAGACAGUUACCCAGGGUAGUAUGACAGCCCAGGUGACCAGCCCCGGGGGUAAAACAGAACAGGCAGAGAUCGUAGAUGGCGGGGAUAGCACCUACAGCGUCCGCUUCGUACCCCAGGAGAUGGGGGCACACACGGUCAACGUGAAGUACAGCGGGCAGCAUGUCCCCGGAAGUCCCUUCCAGUUCACUGUUGGGCCCAUGGGAGAAGGAGGGUCCCACAAGGUCCGGGCCGGAGGCACUGGGCUGGAGAGAGGAGUGGCAGGAGCACCAACUGAGUUCAGUAUCUGGACACGUGAGGCUGGUGCAGGAGGUCUGUCCAUCGCUGUAGAGGGGCCCAGUAAGGCUGAGAUCUCAUUUGAAGACAGGAAGGAUGGAUCCUGUGGGGUGGCCUACAUCGUUCAGGAGCCAGGUGACUAUGAAGUGUCUAUCAAGUUCAACAACGAGCACAUCCCCGACAGCCCCUUCAUCGUUCCCAUAGCAACGCUGUCUGACGAGGCACGCAGACUCACUGUCACCAGCCUGCAGGAGAAGGAUCUGAAGGUCAAUCAGGAAGCGUCGUUUGCUGUGCAGCGUAACGGGGCGAGGGGCGUGGUCGAUGCUAAGGUCCACACCCCAUCUGGCUCAGCUGAGGAGUGUUACGUCACCGAGCUGGACAGUGACAAGAACGCGAUCCGCUUCAUUCCACGUGAGAACGGCGUGCACUCCAUUGACGUCAAGUUCAACGGCAGUCACAUCCCCGGUAGCCCGUUCAACGUGCGGGUGGGGGAGGCAGGACAGGCUGGAGACCCAGGCAUGGUGACAGCAUACGGGCCUGGACUGGAGGGAGGAUCUACAGGCGUGGCCUCUGAGUUCGUAGUGAACACGUGUAACGCGGGGUCAGGUGCCCUGUCUGUGACCAUUGACGGACCCUCUAAGGUCAAGAUGGACUGUUCCGAGUGCCCCGAUGGCUACAAGGUUAUCUACACUCCUAUGGCCCCCGGCAGCUAUCUCAUCAACAUCAAAUACGGAGGACCCAACCACAUAGUGGGCAGCCCCUUCAAAGCCAGAGUCACAGGUACCCGUCUGUCCGGUGGUCACAGCCUUCACGAGACGUCCUCGGUGCUGGUAGAGACGGUCACUAAGACUUCCAAGGUGGCCGGAGCGUACAGCUCCUUAUCGUCCUCAUCCAAACUGACCUCAGAUGCCAGCAAGGUGGUCUGUCGAGGCGCAGGGCUCUCCAAGGCUCUGGUGGGACAGAAGAACAUCUUCAAUGUAGACUGCAGCAAAGCAGGCUCUAACAUGUUGCUGGUGGGAGUGCACGGCCCCACGACCCCAUGUGAAGAGGUGUACGUCAAACACAUGGGCAACCGCCUCUACAACGUCACCUACACUGUCAAAGACAAGGGAAACUACAUCGUUAUCGUCAAGUGGGGCGACGAUAGUGUCCCCGGCAGCCCCUUCAAUGUAGCUGUGCCUUGAAGGAACUUGAAGGAACACCCGACCCCUGAUCCCCACCACACCUUGCUGCGUUGCACCGCUACACUCCUCAGCGGACUACUGUAGAACCGCCUCUCUCAACAUGCACUAAAGAAUCCAAUGACUUUUUUUUUUUCUCUCCCUCUAGCCUAUAAGGAAGAGAAGAAAAAAAAAUCUGAUUUCAGCCUUAAUUUAAAGAAUGUGCCAAAAGCUUGUUGUAUUUAACUCUGUUACUGUUUUUAGAGUGAAGUUCUAGGUGACUAGUGUGGCGUCAUAGAGAUGGGAAGAGCCCUAUGUGUACUGGAGACCUGCUCCAAGUCAUGUGAUGUUGGUCUAAGCAUUUUGACUGGUACAAGAUCCUGUCCCGCCAAUAGAAAGGGAUUAUUGUGUAGCAAUGAAAUGGCUUAAUGUGUGAGUGAUUAGGACAUCAGAUAAGUUGCUUAUAAACAGUAUUAAAGUGUGAUAUUAUAUGAUUUUGUAUGCUUAAAGAAAUUUGAAAAGGUAUUUUUAUUAUAUUAACCAAUUCCUUGGUAAGUCUUUGCAGACCUAAUAAUAAAGAUUUAACUGCUACCUUGGCAGAAUA